AUGUUGCAUGUGAACAGAGAGCGGAGGAACAACCUCACCAUUGUGUUCGGGACGAUCACGUUUGCCGCCUUCUUUUCAAACGUCUCCCUGGUUGUGUAUAUUGUGGUGCGACGCCUGUUCAAGAACUUCGUCUCCAGUCAUUUCAUUGCCAACCAUGCCAUCAUAAGCAUGCUGGCUUGCGUAUACUUGAUACCAAUCUUUAUUAGCAACGUCAACACUGCUAGUAAUAUCUUGGGCAACGACGGUUACAAUCAAAGCACCGCUUUAUGUCGAUUUCAUGCUUUUAUUACCUGUACCGUCUGGUCAGCCACGUACUACAUGACCACCUGUAUUGCAGGAGUGCACCUGCUGACCUUCGCCCGCAUUCACUACGAACAGAUGUUCGGUUUGCGACCUUCGAUCAUAUGCGUUCUCAGCUGGAUUAUAGGGGCCGCCCUCGGCCUGCCAUGCCUCACAAAUGAGUCAAUCGUUGCUUAUGAUCAAAAGUACCACUACUGUCUUUGGAACCAUAACCAAAACGGAUGUAAGUUUCUCGCUUACUUUCUGUCGUUGGGUAUCUUGCUGCCUAGCGGACUCACCAUUUAUUCGUACACUCGUGUGCUGCUCAUAUUUUAUCACGCACCGAUUGUGUUUGAGACACUUGGGCUGUUUCGGAGUCGAUACAUAAUCUUUUUCAUACUUCUAAAUCAGUUUUUUCAAUGGCCAUUUUUCGUCAGCCGUUUCCUAUAUCAGCCCGGAAUGUUCGGUGGCGUCCUCAUUAUGUUCUUAACGUAUUUGCCUAACUUAAGUUUGGGACUCGCCUACGGGGUGUCCUUAUUUUUGAUGAAAGAGGACGACAUUGCCCUCACAACUAGAAGUCAC